AUGCUCGUUGAGAAGAACGUGGCCGUUGAAUGUGCAGAGAAAUUAUGCGCAAGUGUUGCCAACGGGUUGGAGGGGAAACAAGUUAGUGGAUAUAACGCUGUCAAGAACGCAGUGAAGACGGCUAUGGAGGACGGUCUGAUGCGUAUCUUGACGCCGAAACAGAGCAUGGACAUUCUCCGACAAGUCAAAGUGGCUCAGAACGAGAAGAGGCCUUACGUCGUCGUCUUUGUUGGCGUCAACGGAGUCGGCAAGUCGACUUCGCUCUCUAAAGUUUGUUUCUGGCUCAAGUCACAGAAGCUCAAGGUCCUGCUUGCUGCUUGCGACACGUUCAGGAGCGGAGCUGUGGAGCAGCUGAAAACUCACGCGGCUCGACUUGAGGUGCCCGUCUUCGAGAAGGGAUACAACAAAGACGCCGCGAGCAUCGCGAUGGACGCGGUGAAGUAUGCCGGGCAGAAUGGAUUCGAUGUUGUGCUUGUCGACACAGCUGGGCGCAUGCAGGACAACGAGCCGCUGAUGAGAGCCCUGAGCAAGCUUGUCAACCUGAACAACCCUGACCUGGUUCAGGCCCUCAAAGAAACAGCCUACGGCCAGGGCCCCCCUCGUCUCAUCGACGGGAUUAUGUUGACCAAGUUUGACACCAUCGAUGACAAGGUGGGAGCAGCCGUGUCGAUGACGUACGUGACCGGCCAGCCGGUGCUGCUUGUGGGCGUUGGACAGACUUACACCGACUUGAAGAAGUUGAACGCCAAGAACAUCGUCAAGCUUUUGCUGCGUUGAAACAAGUAGAUGAGAAGAAGAGAAGAGCAGUGAAGUGAACAGAUGAGAUGAGAUGAGACAUGCUAUGUGAGAAUGUCUGUCUUGCUUCAAUUAAACAU